UCGAGCAGAAUCUGUCGCAUUUUGUACACACGCAAAAACGGUCGCGGAUCGUAUCGCCAGCAAAAGUUCUUCGAUCAGGUUCCAAAACAAGAAGCCAGAAAAAAUUAAUACAAUAUUUUUUGUAGUACGUUUAUUAACGACGGUUCUUUCGGUAGUGAUUGUUGUACGGUUCGAUUUUGGACGACUGAAACGAUAGUGCUGGGUUGUGCGGAUUAGCAAUCAAUAACAAGAGUCCAGUGAAUCAUCGAAUAAAACAAAAUUCCUACAGCAGAAGCAACACUCGGAACACAAGCUGUGCAAAUAUAGAAGCUGCAGAUAAUCCGAGUUACUAGGUUUAUUUGUAACGGAUUCUCUGAUCGUUAGUGGAUCUCAUAUAACAGCAUCCAAUUCUCAAAACGCUCAACUAGCGAUGCUCACAAUCGAGGAAAUCGGACAGAAGUUUCCGAUCCACUUGUUGGUCUGGAACAACGACUUCCGGGAGCUGCAGCAGGCCAUCGACACCAAAGAGCAUGACCUGGAAAAGCUGGAUCCCCGGGGACGGACACCGCUGAUGCUCGCCGUGCGGCUGUGUCACCUGGAGUGCGUCAAAGUCCUGCUAGCAGCCAAAUGUAAUGCCAAUUUCGAGUGCGAUGGAUGGUCCGUGGUCCAGGAAGCGGUUUGUUCCGGGGACGCCGGCAUCCUGACGGCAGUUCUCGAGGUGCGGGAUCUGCAACGACACAUCAAGCGAGUUUCACACGUACCGCAGCUGCUACAGCACCUGCAGGACACGCCGGACUUCUACGUGGAGAUGAAGUGGGAAUUCACCAGCUGGGUGCCGCUUAUGUCCCGCGUUUGUCCCAGUGAUACCUACAAAGUAUUCAAACGAGGAUCGAACGUUCGGAUCGAUACCACCCUACUGGGAUUCGACAACAACACGUGGCAGCGGGGCAAUCGGAGUUAUAUUUUCAAAGGUCAUUCCGAAACGGCCACGAUGAUCGAGAUUGAUCAUGACACUGGAGAAGUUUCGGUGGAGCAUAUGAGAAAUCUGGAGGCGGAGACAAUCGACGGUAUACCUCCCACGAAAGAAUCGGUUGCAUUGCGGUUGCAGGCCCCGGUCAUCUGCAAUCACAUCGACAUGGAUAAGAUUAGUUUCGAACGGAACAAAUCCGGGUUCUGGGGAUGGCGCAGUGAAAAGGUAGAGAAUAUCAACGGAUACGAAUGUAAGGUGUACGGGGCCAGCAAUGUAGAGUUUAUCACCCGCACUCGAAGUGAACAUUUGAGUGAAGAACAGGCUCGCGUUAAAAGCUCUCGAACGCCACUGCAACACAUCCUAGGUAUGGCCGAGGAAGAUUACGACCACGCAGGCGCCAACUCAGCAACACAAAGUGCCCUUAAGGACUCCGCUAGCUCUUCACCUCCGGUGGUGGAAAACUCGGGAAGCAAUUCUCCUCUGCUCGCAGACGUCGCUGUUGGUGGGCUAGCUGCAGCAGAAGCACUAGCUGCUGGUGGAGCUCCCAGUGUUGAAGAAUACUUUUCUGGCGAGGAUCUUCAAGGACGAGACGUCGGCAAACCGAGAAAAAUCUCCGCCAAAGUGCAACGAUUCAAGGCGAACCUGUGGCUCAGCGAAGAGUUCCCCAUUAAACUGCAGGAACAGGUUCUCCCCAUUUUGGAUCUGAUGUCAACGAUGGCCAGUCCGCACGUUUCGAAACUGAAGGACUUCAUCACCAUGCAGCUACCUUCCGGCUUCCCUGUGAAAAUCGAAAUACCUCUGUUCCACGUGCUGAAUGCGGUGGUAACGUUCGGGAAUGUGUUCGCCAUCGAAACGCCGGUUGGGCACGUGAGUCAUCUGGUCGAGACGGACGAGCGGACCACCUGCAUCAUCGACGAUAGCUGCUUUGAUGUUCCGGCCGAGUACGUGCGCCGCGGGGCCGACUACCGGCGCCAGAUGACUUUCGAGGACGAGGACGAGCUGAUGCAGUUCGCCAUCCAGCAGAGCCUGAUCGAUUCCGGCAGCGAAAACGACGAGGUCGACAUCUGGGAAGCGCUGAAAGCGCAACGACCCCUAACGCCAAACUUCUACGAAGACGAGCAGCUGCAGAGUUCCGAAAAAUUGGCAGAUGAUAAAAAUGCUAGAAAAGGAUCGCUCAUGAGCAGUCUGUCGCCCAGUUCGCUUGUUAAAAGUCCCCUCAAAAAGCUGUUCAACAAAAGUUGAACCGUUUUUGCUAGUUCGUAAAAUUUGCUUCGAUGCUUUACCUUUGAAUUAGAAUCACACUUCGUAGGAAUAAAUUUGAUAAACUCCAACACUUGAGACCGAUAAAAGCUUUGUAGCCUUGAAACAAAUUUUUCGUCCUCAAGUAGAAUCCGUUCAAUCCUCAUUGGCCUUACUUUACCUCUAACAACGCUUGUAGAGACAUUUAGUAAUUUCAUUUUAUCCUUUGAAAUGUAAGUUUCUUCGAUUCUUGAUUUUUUUUUAUAAUAAUACUCGUAAAAACUUCAAUUAACAUCUCCAUUCCAUCUCUUCUCCAAGUACAGUAUGACCCAUAAAAAGUUCGUAAUUCUGUCAACAAGGUUGAAAAACGCUUUUCUAGAUCUUACAUAAUUAGAAAACAUUUUAUCCAUUAAAUUUAUUUAUUUAAUGUCUUUGAUAUAAACCAUACAGACAUAUCUUAAACUAAAAACGUUUGACACUUCAUAAAAAACAGGACAACAAUUACCUAUACAUAGAGUGAUUUGGGGUAAAAACUGUGCAACUAGAUGAAAUCCACAAAAAGUUCUGUUGUCGAAGACGUCUCGCUGAUGCAUCAAUGUGGAUACUUUAUAGCAGUAGGAGCUCUAGCAGUCAAUGUUGUUCAUCAACAAAUCAAAAACAAACAUUCUUUGGACGCAUGUUUGUCUGCGUCGCAGGGUCUCCUCAAGACUUAUUAGAUUGCAUCGUUCGGCAUACGGUGGCAGUCGAACGGCAUCAUUCCACGGCAGUCGACGGAGUGCAAAUCGUAGGAACUUUUUAUGUAGUCUUUCAGUGUGUACUGUUUGAUGAGGCGCCCAAACUACCGCGGAGUAUUCCAAAACGCUGCGCACCAAGGCGCAGUACACUGCUUUAAGACAAUAUACGCUCUCUCAAACUCAACAUUUUUUCUACGAAUAAAGCUAAAAAUGGCAAAAGCGUUUGCGGAGGAAUUCUGAUAAAAAAUAACUCCGAGAUCUUCAAUCGAAGCCACUCGUUCUAUUUUUGCUGUUUGCCUACAAAACGGAGUUGGAGUUCUUGCUCUGCCGAAAGUUAUACAUCGGCAUUUACUGGCUUUAGCUUCCAUCCUAUGAGACUUGCACCAGCCCAAAAGUGUCGAAAUGUCGGUUUGAAGUGCUGCACACUCCACUGUUGAUCCGGUAAAUCUUAAGGUCAUCUGCGUACAUCAAUAAAGAGGAUUGCUCUAAACAAGCAAGAUCGCCAAUAAAAAGGAUAAAGAUUAGUGGUCCUAUGUGGCUGCCCUGGGUAAACACCGGAAGGGACGUCAAAUGGCAGAGAUCUGAUUUCUCGUAGAUUCACAAAUGAUCGUCGGUGUGUCGAGUAGGAGUAGAGCCAUUUUGAAGCCUUUGCUUGAACGGGUUGAGGGGGUUCAAAUCCGCACUGCUCGGGGCCAAAGAUUUUUCGGUUAAUUCGUUAUAUUUUUCUCCAGCCAGGUUUGGGUCCGUUUCGAGGUAUGUUCUCGGGUUAACCAAAGUUUGACCGAAUCCACAGCACCUGAUUCUUCAAAAUAUCCAUGUAAAGACUUCAACAUUAUUUUCAGGGGGCAUCUUCAAUCCGUUCGAAGCAACUGCUCCAAUCCAAAUAUCAUCACCUCGGUGGGUGGGAUGCUUGUGGUUCACAUUCAUUGGAACAUCCUCACCCUUCAGGGCAGAAAUAUACCGACCCAUACGUAAAUUGGACACCAGAUCAAUCGAAAAAAGUUUCUCGUCUGAGAACAGGACAAUCUGCUGCUUCUUCUUCAACUUAGACAGCAAUUGCUUUCCGCGCUCGAGUCGCAGUGCUCUUAUUCGUUCGUUGUCAAAUGGCACAUGGCUCUUGCCCUUGGUGAUGCAUCACAGGUCAUUUUUGACCAAUCGUUGCAGGGAAGAACUCGAGAUAUUCGCUUCUUUAACGAGACUCCAGAUUGAUCUUACUAAACUACACACUGGCCGUUAUUCUGCGCCGCGCGUGAUGUGACGGUAGUCGAGUCAUUCAAGUCACUCUAUUUCAGUAGUCGGUUUAGGUGAGGAACGUCACUUUGGGUGAACUUUGUGAGUUCUUACCCUAUUCUCGUAGUCACCGUGGGUGAGAAUCAUCGCAUUCAGGUAACGAUUUUAAAUGAGCAUUGUCGGUACCUUUUCAGGUGGUGACGAGAUAGGAAUUUAACCGAAAAUUUAUUGAAAUCAGAAUGUUAUGCUCUAAAUAGUUAUAAUAUAUAGAUAAUUAUAAAAAGGAGUGUAUUCGAAAAAAAUGCAACACUUUGUUUCGUGAAUAACUUUUGAAUGGGAAUUUGGAUGGAAAUUGAUGAAAUUUUCAGUGAAGCUACCUAGUAAUGUAUUGUAUACGUGAACAAAAUUUGGUGACAAUCUGUCAAGUGAUUAUUGAAGUUCAUUGACAAUUUUUUUUGGGCAGGAUCGAGAAAAAUCUAGAAAAGUGCCAAUGUGAGACCCAAAAAAAGUGGAAAUUAACUAUUCGGCCGAAGUUUACAUGGUAAAUCGUUAGGUUAGGUUUGUAGGUUAGGUAUAUUGCUGAUCCACUCUUUUUUUCUAUUUCUGCGAUAGCUGAUUUGGGCUCCCGUAGGGUACCACUGUAAAAAAAAUUACAGUAUUCAAGAAAAAAAUGAGCAUUGUUCUACAUAAGGAUUAUUUAUCGACUGAAAUUAAAUCGGAUGAACAAGCGGAACACAUUGAAAUAUGAUUUAAUAAAAAGUUGUCAAACAAACAUGUUUACCAAAUAUUAUUAUCGGAUUAUCUAUUGUUUAUAAAACAAAAAAUUGUGUUUGCCUUGAGCAGAACACUUAUCGAAAAUUCUUUCUAUACGCUCAGUGCUGCUCCCUUCUGAGAAGGGGUAUCAUAACAGGCGACUAAAAUAGCUUGUACACCCUUCAUGAGGGUCAAUGGUUUGAGUAUUAAACAACUUCAACGUCAAAUAACAUACAAAACUAUCAAAGCAACCGUUGUUCGUAUUCGCACUGUUUUUAUAAAUUUCAACAUACUUGUUUUUAUGAACAAAAAGAUUCCCAUUUGAGCAUUCAAUAGAUGAUUUUCUUCUCGAACAGAGUAAAAUUAGAAAAGCAGAGUUUCGGUUUAAUUAAAAUUCAAAUCAAUUUUUUUUCCGGAUGGCAAUAUAUGGUUAAUAACUCGUCCAAAAGGUCAACCAAAAUAUAUUUUUACCAUUUAAAGCAUUGUAGAUGGCUCUGAAGUACUCACUUCCAACAUAUAUACUUUUAAAGCAGAUUUGUUUUUCCAAGACACACAUUGGUUACCAUGGCUAAUUGCAUGAAUCUUGUUGCCCGAACUCUUAAGGUGGCGUUGAGAACAUCGAAAGUCCGUAUAGAAGAAUUAAUGUUCGCGGCAAAGCCCACUUCUUUAUCUUGAACUGACGGUAUCUUUGCCUUGAGCGUGGUCAAUCAGCGGUCAAAAUCACGGAAAAAUGAAUAAUAAAAAAAACCUGUUUGCGAUGGGGUCAAUCAGCGGACAAAUUAACGAAAAAAAUGAAAACCUGUAGUUGUUUGAAUAAGUUUAGAGUUCGACGACACGGUAGCGAUCAUUCAUUGAAUGUUGGAUUUCGUACUAUGUUUUGCAGUCGGAGUUAUCCGUAUAAAGUUUAACUGAAAAGCGGUUAGCGUGUAGAAAACCGUCAGAUUUUAUACUGAUUUGACAGAUCGCACAUAUUUCGCAGUUAUGAGUGCGCAGUCCAAUUUUUUGCGAUGCGAAUGGUAUUAUUUCCUAUAAUAGAUUAUUCACCGUACACAACUCCUUUUUUUAACUUCUCAUAUACGAUUUGUUACAUUUUAACGACAACAUAAUUGAAUUCGACCAGCAUAUAAAGUAUCAAAGACGCAUUUAUCGCAUCAAAAAUCUUCGUCAUGCAAAAUUCGUUAAUUCUCAGGCUAUGGAAAAAUGUGUUUUCAAUAAUAUAGAUUGUUUUUUGUUUUGUCUGGGAUUUUAACGCUCGUAAUUAAUUCAAUCUCAAUGAAUACUAAGAAUAAUAAUAUUUUAUUCCGAUGACUUUAAGUUUUGUCCUCUCUUGCAAAAUAAUGAUUUGAAGAUUGAUUCAAGAAUUUACUUCUGUGUUUACUGCUCCGGAUAGCCUACCGCACGGAAGGCUACCGUCGCGCGAUUAGAAAUUUUCCCAGUAAACUCAAUACUUUAAAGACCAAAUAGAGAGCAAAGUUUGAAUAAAAGUGAAGAUUAUUGAUUCUGUGAUGUGAGAGGUAUGUAAGGGUUUUCUCAAGCUCGAUCUGAAAAUAUGAAUAGAAGAAGUAAUAAAAAAUCAAUUUUUUUUGACUGGUUCGUCUAGCUGUCUUAUAAAUAGGUUUGGCUUCCUUUCUAUAACGUGGAAAAGCUGCCCACCGGUAAAAUAAAUAGCAAAACAAACAUAUCUUCAAAUCUAUUCCACACCUACCCUAUUUAUAAUUCUUUGAAAAUUAGCAGGUUCCGUAUAUAAACCAAAUGGCAUCCUCAAAAAGUAGAAGUAUAAGACACUUUGAUGCACUAUGGGAGAUACCGAUACAAAGAGGUAGACAAAAAAAUUUGUUCAACGAUUUGACGUUCAUACCUGCUUGUUAUGAUCGAAACAUAGUUUUCUUAGAUCAUUUUUUGACAAAUCACGAUCAAAUUGGAUAGUGGUAUGUUUUGCUUGCUGCGCCUGCUUGCAUGGAAUUCUCCCAUAGUAAAUGGACAAAAAAUCUUAAUACUGUACAACUUUCUAACGCUCUAAAUCUCUUUGUCACAUGUGGUCGCAGCUCAACUCAUCAAAACUUUUUAGCACACUACACACUUAAAACUAGAAAAAAAUUGAACAGCAUGGACAUACUUUUCGAUAUUUUUCUUUUUUUCAUGCGUUUUCUUCUCUAAAGGCACACAAAACAGUAUGUUUUUGAGGCCCGGUCUCGGUUUCGAAAAUUAUGACUCGAUUUCCGAAGAUGGCACCUAAUAUCCUGCAAAAGAUUCCGGGAAAUCCGCAUCCUGUGAAGCGCUGCGCUCAUCGGCUUACUCGGCUCAAGUCAAAGUCUUGUAACGGAUUUGUCUUGCCCACAAUGUCAGUAACUUGAAUUAGGGCGCCACUUCCUGAAAGGAAGGUUACUGACACAAGUUUAUUGGAUGCCGGCCGAAACUCUUUAACAAGGCGGGUUGGGUUUUAUGGUUUGACUUAUCUCACUCUGGCCCACAGUAGGCCUAACUCAAACAGGGUAAAUAAUUUAGCACAACCCUGGAACGAUUUUCACAGGUAAGAGAAUGUAGUAGGACUACCGAUUCAAAACCUCAAUUUCUAAUAAGAAAGUUGUACUCAAGGUAGACUUGCGUUCAAGUAGAUUGCAUAACCAAUAGGCGCAUUCCGAAUAGGAGAGAUAACCAACAUAAGUUCUUUUAUGGUAAAAUACUUUCUAUUAUUGUUAUUGUGUUUCCUAUUAGCUCCUAUCUGGUUCCCUUACGAUUCUACGCUAAGUUUUAACUAAGUUUUAAGGAUUAACUAAAUCUAACAGCCGUCAUUCAGGAACAAAUGGUUUUGUUUUUGUACAUACCAGAGUCGCUCGGAGGUUGGCGAUAACGACUGAGAGGGUGUCGGUACGUACUGCGUUGGAGGCUUUACAACACCGGGGGCUCUCAAACCACAACCGUGUGUGUCGCUGCUGGAGGUUACCUUUCGUUGCAGCUCGAUGGCGUAGG